AUGUCGUCACGCAAGUCUCUUGCCGCAAUGAGCACGUUUCUGUUUAGCAGCGAGAGUGUUUGCGAAGGGCACCCCGACAAGCUCUGCGACCAAAUUUCGGAUGCCGUGCUCGACGCGUGUCUGCGCGUCGACCCCGAAGCGAAGGUCGCCUGCGAGACCGUGUGCAAAAAGAACCUGAUAAUGGUUUUCGGCGAGGUGACGUUUCAGGGCAAAGUCGACUUCGAGCAAGUUGUGCGCGCAAAGGUCAAAGAAGUGGGCUACGACGCCGAAGAGAAAGGGCUCGACUACCAGACCAUGACUGUGCUGUUGCAGAUGAACGAGCAGUCGCCGGAAAUCGCAGCGGGCGUGCACCUCAACAAAAACCUCGAAGAAAUUGGAGCCGGCGACCAGGGGUUGGUGUUCGGCUACGCGUGCAACGAGACUGAGUCGCUGAUGCCGCUCUCGCACUGCCUCGCGCAGCGGCUCGCGCGCAAACUCGCCGAAGUGCGCAAGAACGGCGCAAUUCCGUGGCUGCGCCCGGACGGCAAGACGCAAGUCACCGUCGAGUACCAAGAGUCCGUGGACGGCGGACUGAAGCCGCUGCGCGUGCACUCAGUACUGAUCUCCGCGCAACACGAGAAAGACGUGCCGCUCGAGCGCAUCCGCGCGGAGCUCACGGAGCGCGUCGUGCGCGCCGUGAUCCCGGCGCACUACCUCGACGCGAACACCGUCUUCUACAUCAAUCCGAGCCAAAGCUUCGUUCUCGGCGGGCCGAGCGCCGACGCGGGGCUCACCGGCCGGAAGAUCAUUGUGGACACCUACGGCGGCUGGGGCUCGCACGGCGGCGGCGCGUUCUCGGGCAAGGACAGCACGAAGGUCGACCGCUCCGGCGCGUACGCCGCGCGGCAGGCGGCCAAGUCGCUGGUUGCGGCGGGGCUCUGCGACCGUGUAUGCAUCCAGAUCUGCUACGGCAUUGGGUUGCCCGACCCGAUUUCGAUGAACGUGAACACGUUCGGCACUGCAAAGCGCGGGCUGACGAACUUGCAGCUCGAAGAGAUCGUCAAGCGGCACUUCGACUUCCGGCCGGGAUUCAUCAUCAAGCACCUCGGGCUGCGCCAGCCGAUUUUCGGCAACACGGCCGCUUACGGGCACUUCGGCCGCGAGCAGUUUCCCUGGGAACGCGUUGUGCCGCUAAAUUAG